AUGGGUCAAGGCUGGGAGCCAGCGAUCCAGCCGGCGGGCAAAAUCGGAUUUCCCCGCAAAAACCUCCGUCUGGGUCUCAAAGUGAGCCUGGGUUUCACGAUGAAGCGUUCAAAUCACCUGCCCAGAAUAGUCUAUGCGGUAGCGGUCGUCGUUCUGAGCUGGCUACCGGUGGACUCCAGCUGCCCCUCGACGUCCACGAUCUAUCCGUGCAGGUGUUCCGGCUCCGAGGAAAACGGCUUGAUUCUGGACUGCGAGGAGCUGAGUAUCGCGAUGCUGUACUCCGGCUUGACUCGAUUGCAGAACGUUUCGAUUUCGCAGCUGACUGUGUCCAACGCCACGAUGAAAAGCCUCUACGGAUCGCUGUUCCACUCGUUCUCAAUAAGGAACCUCACUCUCACCAGAGGGGAUUUGCGCCGAGUUCUGCCGGGGGUUUUCGAUCCACUCAACGGAAGCAUCGUCGAUCUGGAUCUACACGAUAACCAACUGCUCGAAGUCCCUGUUGAAGCUAUCAAACCCUUGAGCAAUUUGUAUUCACUCGACCUGUCGCACAAUCGGAUCGAAUCGGUGUCAGACAACUCGUUCGCGACUCUCGGCCGCCUUUUCCAGAUCAACUUGUCUCACAACAGGAUCAAGAAACUGGCACCGAAAGCCUUCGUCGGCCAGAACAACCUGGAGAGGCUGCAUCUUCAAUUCAACGACAUUUCCGCCUUCGACAAAAACACGUUCAGGAACAUGAGGAAGCUGAAAUACCUCGAUCUGACGGCGAACAGCCUCGACAAAAUUCUGAAGACCGAUUUCCAGCAGCUGACCGGUAUGUGGAUUCUGAAUAUCUCGCAGAACCACAUCACGACGAUUCCUCGUUCGACUUUCGUCACGAACACGGUCCUCCGCGUUCUCAACAUAUCGCAUAACAGUUUAGCCGAGAUCGACCAGAAUACGGUCAAAGGCCUCAGGUUCCUCCGCGAUUCGUAUUUCCGCGGUAAUCGAAUCAGCCAGGUCGAUAAGAAGGCGUUCGCCGCCGCUAAACACAUCCGCACCAUCGAUCUGGCCUUCAACAGGCUGCAGGACGUACCUUACGAGCAAUUCGCCGAAUUGCAAUGGCUCGAGAAGCUCGACCUGAGCUAUAACAACAUAUCGAGAAUCGCCACGAACGCCUUCAGUAAAAUGUACCAGGUCAACAUCGAUUUGAGUCAUAACAUCCUGAGCUUUGUCGGAAACAAAUCAUUUUCGGAAAUUGCCAAUAUGACGCUGCUCGAUCUCUCGUACAACCGGUUGAGCGAGAUGCCGAACGAUGCGUUCGUUCUGAGCGACUGCACGACGCUCAACCUGAUGUUCAACAAUUUCACCGACAUCAACCGGAUACCUAUCGCGAAUUUGAGCUCGAUCAAAGUCUUGAACGUCACGCACAAUUUCCUCGAUCAGAUCGGACGUAAAGCGUUCACGAAAAAACGUCUCUACGAAUUGCAUACGGUCGACUUUUCGUUCAACAAUUUGUCCGACAUCAGCGGCAACCCGUUCGAGAAAUUCGCCAGUUUGCGAUUCCUGAACGUGUCCCACAACCGACUUAGGAAAAUUGGCUUUUCGACGUUCGGCAACCUGCCCACGCUUCUGGAGCUCGACGUGAGCCACAACAACAUUUCCGAGGUGGUUCACUCGGGUCUGUCGAGUCUCGGCUCUGUGCGGCUCAUCCUGGCGAACAACAAUCGAAUCCGAAAGAUGUUUCCGAUUCCGAUCGCGCUGAACGAGCUGCACCUGCAGGACAACUCGCUACAACAGAUCUAUCCGGGCACGAUCAAUGUCAUGAACUCGCUGCUGAGAUUCUAUCUCGACAACAACAACCUGACCAAUCUUGUCAGAGGGGCCUUUGACGGCCUCAACGCUCUGCAGGAGCUCUCGCUCGGGGGCAACAAUAUCUCGGAGAUUCCCUACGAGGCGCUCGAAGUUAUGACAGCUAUCCAGCACCUAUAUCUGCACAACAAUAGCUUGACACUCGUAAAGAAGCGCGAUUUUGACAAGUUCCCCACGCUACUUUCGCUACGUCUCGACCAGAACCGAAUCUCGAACAUCACGAAGGACGCUUUUCUUGGAUCCAUUCAACUGCAGCGGCUUAAUAUGAGUCAUAAUAACUUCAGCGAGUUAUCUCCGACGGCUCUGAACGGGCUCGUUUCUCUAAAAGUUCUCGACCUUUCCAACAAUCGGCUGAGGGGGCUCCAGAACAAAACCCACGGCUUACUGGACGGACUGCUCUCGCUCGAGUAUCUCAACGUCUCGGCGAACGAUAUCGGAACAAUCACUGAUAAAACGUUCCCUCGUAAUCCCUACGUUCCGUACAAGCUCAGAGAAGUAAACAUGAGCUCGAACUUCCUCUCCUACAUUCCGGUGCUUCGGCAGCCGUCGCUUCAGAGCGCAGACGUACUCGACCUUUCGAGAAACUCGAUAAAUCAGUUGGAACGCGGCGCUUUCGCCAACCUGACCAAGUUGAAACGGCUCUAUCUCAGUCGGAACGAUCUCAGGACCCUCCGUAACGGCUACUUGGAAGUGCCUCAAAACCUCACGCACCUCGAUCUGUCGUACAACAAACUCUCCGAAUACACCCCUCCCGAAGGGAGUCUCUGGAUAAACAUGACAGAGCUCAACAUCCGCGGCAAUAACAUAUCGAAGAUUAGCCCGACUCUCUUCCCGAUCGUGAAGCGUCGUCUGCAACUCUUCUAUGAGGGUAACCCGCUAAACUGUGAGUGCUCGCUGGCCUGGCUCGUGUCCUUCAUCAAACACAACCAGCGGGCUCACGAAGUCACGCAAUGGUCCGACACGAGAUGCGUGUCUCCGCAGCAUCUUCGCAAUAAGGCCUUCACGGAGAUCGACCUGUCUAGACUCAACUGUGACGGUGACCCGACCGAACACACUAUGGGGGAUAUAACAUUCAGAUUCGUGCAGGUCCAGAGAAAAUUUAUCGAGGUCCAAUUUUACGUAUCGUCACGCCAGGAUAUCGGGGGCUUCCGCGUGCAGAUUCGCUCAUCGCCAGCUUCGAAUGUAUCCUACGACAAAUACCUGCCGUAUAGCAAACGAUUCUACGCCAUACCUCGUCGCGACAUACAAACGACCGGUGAUGUUCUCACGCAUACUCUGUGCGUGUACGCUGUCGACUCGGAGAACAAAACGCGGCCGUUAGCGUCGACUCAUCAGUGUCGCCUCCUCAACCAGGCGAUCAAUGCGGCUGUAUCUGUUAUCUGCUCGCGGUCGCUCAUCCUCAUGCUCACCGCGUUCGUUUGUCUCCAACGACCCCGGACCGCCUGA